CCUUCUACAUGCUUCAGCCAUUUGUUGGUUAUUUGCUUUGAUGUGUUACUACUGAUCAUGCUGUCACUAAAAAUGAUUCACAAGUCUUCACCGAGAUCAUUUUGGACUCUAAUCCGAAUGGAAAGUUAUUCAAAUUUGCAGUUAGUAUCUAUCAUAAUCGAUGGUAGUCUUGGGUUGUUGCAUUUGUGUUUAGGUAUUUGGGUUUUAGAGGAAAAGUUGAGGAAAACGAACACUGCUUUUCCUCUUAAUUGGUGGUUAUUAGAACUCUUUCAGGGAUUCACAUGGUUGUUAGUAGGUUUAAUCGUAAGUCUUCAGUUGAAGCAACUAGCAAGAGUAUGGUUAUGGUUAUUUUCUAUUCUUAUGUUCUUUGUUUCUGUUAUGCUAUGUGCUUUUUCCAUUUCUCAUGCAAUUACUAGCAAAGAAAUGUCUCUGAAGGCUACUUUAGACGUUCUAUCAUUUCCAGGAGCAAUUUUACUACUCUCAUGCACUUAUAAAACAUGCAAAUGUAAAGACACUAAUGAAGAAAAUGAUGAAAGACAUUAUGCUCCUUUAAAUGGCCAGUUCAAUGAAGUUGAUCCUAUUAGCUACGUAACCCCAUUUGCCAAAGCUGGAUUCUUUAGUAGGAUGUCAUUUUGGUGGUUGAAUCCAUUGAUGAAAAGGGGUCAAGAUAAAACACUUGAGGAUGAGGAUAUCCCAAAGUUGCGGGAGUUAGAUCGAGCAGAAACUUGUUACCUUUUGUUUGUAGAACAAUUGAACAAACAGAAACAAAAGGAACCGUCAUCACUGUCAAUUUUGUGGGUAAUAAUUUUGUGUCACUGGAGAGAGAUUUUGAUAUCAGGGAUUUUUGCAUUGUUCAAAGUACUCUCUCAAUCUGCUGGUCCUUUACUUCUAAAUGCCUUUAUAUUGGUUUCUGAGGGUAAAGGAAGUUUCAAAUAUGAAGGUUAUGUAUUGGCCAUAUCACUUUUCUUUAUAAAGAUCAUAGAAUCCCAAUCACAAAGGCAAUGGUAUUUCCGCAGUAGACUUGUUGGGAUGAAUGUUAAGUCACUGCUUACUACAUGCAUUUAUAAAAAGCUAUUGAGGUUAUCCAAUGUAGCUAAAUUGACACACUCUGGUGGUGAGAUAAUGAAUUAUGUGACUGUGGAUGCUUAUAGAAUUGGAGAAUUCCCAUUUUGGUUUCACCAGACAUGGACUACAAGCAUCCAACUGUGUAUUGCAUUAGUAAUACUUUUCCGUGCUAUUGGGCUAGCAACAAUUGCCUCAUUGGUUGUGAUAGUUCUUACUAUGCUUUGCAAUACUCCACUAGCAAAGUUACAACACAAGUUUCAGACCAAACUCAUGGUGGCUCAAGAUGAGAGAUUGAAGGCUAGUUCCGAGGCUAUUGUGAAUAUGAAAGUGCUAAAACUAUAUGCAUGGGAAAGUCAUUAUAAAAAUGCUAUAGAAAAGUUGAGGAAUGUGGAACUCAAAUUUUUAGCUUCAGUGCAAUUAAGAAGGGCAUACAAUAUAUUUCUCUUUUGGAGUGCACCUAUUUUGGUCUCUGCUGUUUCCUUUUGGGCAUGUUACUUUCUGAACAUUCCUUUACAUGCAAAUAAUGUAUUUACCUUUGUGGCUACUUUACGCCUUGUGCAAGAGCCAAUAACAGCCAUCCCAGAUGUUGUUGGGGCAGUCAUUCAAGCAAAAGUUGCAUUUGCUCGGAUUGUUAAAUUCCUCAAAGCAUCUGAACUGGAAAGUGAAAAUUUCAAGAACAAGUGUUUUGAUGAUAAUAUUAGAGGCUCAAUUUUAAUCGAAUCUGCUGACUUUUCAUGGGAAGGUAAUGCAUCAAAGCCUACUUUGAGGAACAUAAACUUGGAGGUUAAACAAAGGCAAAAGGUGGCUAUUUGUGGACAAGUUGGCUCAGGAAAAUCAACCCUCUUAGCAACAAUUCUUGGAGAAGUUCCUAAGACAAAGGGAAAUAUUGAAAUUUAUGGGAAGUUUGCAUAUGUUUCGCAAACAGCAUGGAUACAGACGGGUACAAUACGGGAAAAUAUUUUGUUUGGAUCUGAUUUGGACAUGCAUAGAUAUCAAGAAACACUUCAUAGAUCUUCACUAGUUAAGGACAUUGAGCUGUUUCCCCAUGGUGACUUAACUGAAAUAGGUGAGAGAGGAACUAACUUGAGUGGAGGUCAAAAGCAGCGAAUUCAACUUGCUCGUGCUCUUUAUCAGAAUGCUGAUGUAUAUCUCUUGGAUGAUCCAUUCAGUGCUGUUGAUGCAAAUACAGCCACAAAUUUGUUUAAUGAAUACAUCAUGGAAGGACUAAAAGGGAAGACUGUCUUACUCGUGACUCAUCAAGUUGACUUUCUCCCAGCGUUUGAUUCUGUUUUGUUCAUGUCAGAUGGAGAAAUCCUACAGCAAGCUCCUUAUCACCAUAUUUUGAGCUCAAGCCAAGAAUUCCAAGACCUUGUCAAUGCUCACAAAGAAACUUCUAAUUCUAAUCAAUUUGUGAGUGUUACAUCUUCCCAGAGAAAUUUGACUUCUGAUAGAGAGAUUACACAAGCUUUCAUGGAGAAGCAGUUUAAAGCAACAAAUAGAGAUCAAUUAAUUAAGCAAGAAGAGAGAGAGACAGGGGACACAGGGUUGAAGCCUUACAGGCAGUAUCUGAAUCAGAUGAAAGGCUAUAUAUACUUUUCUAUGGUUUCCCUUUGUUACAUUGCCUUCGUUAUUUGCCAGAUAUUGCAAAACUCAUGGAUGGCAGCAAAUGUUGACAAUCCCUAUGUCAGCUCGUUACAAUUGAUUCUUGUUUACAUCUUGAUUGGAGCAAUUUCAACUAUUUUCUUACUGAUCAGAUGUCUAACUACAGUUUCCUUGGGUAUUAAAUCAUCACAAAAUUUAUUUGUACAGUUGAUGGAUUCACUUUUUCGUGCACCAAUGUCAUUUUAUGACUCUACACCGAUGGGAAGAAUACUUAGCAGAGUCUCAUCAGAUUUGAGCAUUGUGGAUCUCGAUAUACCCUUCAGCCUUGGUAUAUCUGUUGGAGGACCUAUAAUUUGUUGUUCUAAUCUUUUAGUUUUAGCAAUUGUCACUUGGCAAGUCUUGGUUGUCUCUAUACCAAUGGUGUACAUUGCGAUUUGCUUGCAGAGAUACUUUUUUGCCUCUGCCAAAGAAGUGAUGCGGAUGAAUGGCACAACAAAAUCCUUUGUAGCUAAUCAUUUUGCUGAAACUGUUGCUGGAGUUGUGUUAAGAAAAACCAGAACAGAGAAGUUGAAACAGAAAAAACUGGAACAGAGAAGUUGAGUUUCUGGUUUUUUUUUGUUUCAAUGAAAGGAAGAAAAGUGGUUACACAAUUUCAUUAUUCAUUUCCACACUCUCCGUAGAGUUGCAUUACAUCAAAUAUAUGACAAGAGAGAUUUCUGAUAUGCAUAUCAUAUGCUACAGUAAAUCUCCACAAAAUAAAGAUAAACACUCCUUUUUACCUAAACAUUUGUCCAAGCAACAAACAAAUCUCUUGAAAUAUGGAUUUCCACUUAAUUAUACCUAACCACACCAAAUGCAACUAAGAUACAAACAGACAUAAAUAUUUAAUAUUUUCUUAAAGUAUCUAGAAAAAUCUUAACUU